AUGAAUAGAAAUGAAGAUGAGACAAAUAAAUUAUUAUAGGAAAUUAGAAAUGAAGUUAUUGAUUUUACAACUGCAAAUUUCUUGGGUUAAAUUGUUGAAAAAUAUCAAAAUUAAGAAAAUAUAUGUUUUAAAGAGAAUAAGGGUAAUAGAUUUGAAUUUGUGAAGUGUAAAAUAAUUUAUAAAUAUCAAAGGCAUGAUGAAUUUCCAAAAAAGUUAAUAAAAGGAAGAGAAGAAAAUGGAGUUUAAAAUUAAUUAUCUAAAAAAUGAAAUUGCUGAAUGUUUAAAUAUAAAUGAAAAAAGUUAGUGUUAAUAAUCAGCUAUAAAUAGUAUUAUUUAGAUCUAAUAAGACUUUUUAAAGAGUCUAGAAUUAACAUUGAAAAAAUAAUGA